CCUUUUAUAAUGUUUGCUAAAUGUGCAAAACGUCUAACAACCUAUUUUCCGGAAUGUUGUCGAGCUGCUGGCAUAAUGGCUGCCGGAGAUGUUGUAGCCCAAACUGUGGUGGAGAAAAAGAAAGUGAAUAACCUUGAUUAUGUACGUACCUUAAAAUACAGUUCCUUGGGUUUCAUUUUUGUCGGACCAAUACUAAAAUACUGGUUUGGUCUGUUGGAUCGGAGCAUAACAAAACAAAAUCGUUUAUUACGAAGUACAAAGAAAAUGUUUAUAGAUCAAGCUAUUAUGGCGCCAGCUUUAAAUUUAGCCAUUACCGGACUAGUGGGAGUAAUAAAUGAGGAAAGCAGUGAUACCAUAAAGGAACGUAUAAAAGUACAAUAUCCUGCUAUUAUGAAGGAAAACUAUAUAUUUUGGCCAGCUAUACAAAUGAUUAAUUUCAGUAUUGUGCCUUUAAAAUAUCAAGUAGUAUUUGUACAACUUAUAGCGGUGUUAUGGAAUUGUUUUGUUUCGCAAAUGUUAAAUGAGGAAAUUGCAGUUAAACAGUGAUUUUUUUUCCAAAAAAUAAACAAAACAAAAAACGUGCAAUACCGACAAAACAUAAACAGCUGACUUUUGUUUACAUUUUGUAUUAGGCGAAAUCAUGUUAAAAUAAUUUUACUUUUAACAAAUUGCAUUUUAAAAUUGUAUUAAAUUAAUAUUAAUGUCCUGUUUCUGUUAAACAGUAAUUAUUUAAAACUAUAAUUAAGUAAUACAGUUAUAAUUUAAAUAAAAAACUAAGGCGAAUUUGCCUUGUGACACAA